AUGGAACCCGCCGCACAGCCAGUGCUCUACCAGAAGCUACAGCUCUGGGAGCCCAGCUUAGAGGACGAAGAGGAAGAAGAGACAGCAGAGCCACUGGUUCCCAACCCCUGGAGGCCCCAGGGCGCCGCUGGGAACAAGUUCGGUGGGCUUCCGGGAACCUGGGCCCGAAUAGCAGCUGCCCUCUUGCUGCUGGCCGUUGCCUGCUCCCUGGCUGUCAGGCACCUCGGAACCAGGGGCGGCUCGGCAGCAGCCUUGGACUCUGCGGCCCCUCCCCCUGGGGGCCACUCCCAUCGCCCUGGCGUCUACCACCACGGUGCCAUCAUCAGCCCUGCAGCCACGUGCUCCCAGCUGGGCCGAGAGCUGUUCACUGCAGGAGGAAACGUCGUGGACGCCGGAGUGGGCGCUGCUCUGUGCCUGGCAGUGGUGCACCCUCAUGCCACAGGGCUAGGUGCCACGUUCUGGGGCCUCUUCCUCAACAGCUCCUCAGGCAAUUCGACUGCCCUGACGUCGGGCCCAGCCCAGACACUGGCCCCAGGCCUGGGGCUGCCCACAACUCUGCCCACCCUGCACCUGCUGCAUGCGCGCUUCGGCCAUCUGUCCUGGCCACGUCUACUGCUGGGGCCCACCAAGCUGGCUCAAGAGGGCUUCCCAGUGGAUGCAACUCUGGCAAGGGCUCUAGCAGCCCAGGGCGCCAAGGGCCUCUGUCCACUGCUCUGCCACGCUGAUGGGACCCCCCUGGGCCUUGGGGCCAGAGCCACCAACCCACAGCUGGCAGCUGUGCUACGCAGGGCAGCGCUUGCCCCCACCCCAGCCCUUGCUGGGGAUGCCCUCCUGAGCCUGCUGGCCGGAGACCUGGGGCUGGAGGUGCCCCCAGCGCAGCCCAUACCCACCUUGGAGCCGGCACUGCAGCUACCCGUGCCCCAGGGCCUCCUGCUUACCACACCCAGCCCCUCAGCUGGCCCAGAACUGCUGACCCAACUGGAAGCAGCCCUACACUCGGGGGCACCCAGUCCCAACCCCUGCCCACCGCUCCUGCAAACUGCCAGGACCCCUGGGAGCAGCGUCCUGGCUUCCGUGGACAGCAGUGGCUCUGUGCUCCUUCUCGCCUCCUCCCUCAAUGGCUCUUUCGGCUCGGGACACCUCUCCCCGAGCACAGGGAUUCUGCUCAGCAACCUGGUGGCCAGAUCUGCACCUAGCACCUGGGCCUGCCCCCUCAUCCUCCGUGGCAGCUCGGACGACAUGGAGGCCGAUGUAUUAGGGCUGGUGGCUUCAGGGACCCCACACAUGGCCAAAGCCAUGACUCACGCCUUGCUCAGCCAUCUUGCAGGGUCCCAAACCCAGCACCAGCAUGGAUCAACAGCGAACCCCGGGACCUGUGGCCAAGGGACCCUGCUCCAGGUGGCUGCCCAUGCAGAACACGCCCACGUGUCCAGUGUCCCCAGUGGCUGCUGCCCCUUCCAGGGGUUCUAA